GUUCUGUGGCUGUGCGUGGUGGGGGAGAGUCUGUACGUCGGCCUGCUGCUCACCGGCGGCGUGAUGAUGAUGGUGGAGCAGUGCCCCUGCUUCAGCCUCAUGAACAAGAUGAAGAUCAGCCUUUGUGGGAUGGUGGCCCACAUGAUGUUUACCACCUCCUUCCAUCUGGCUGUGUCCAUAGGGCCGGAGGACUGGAGGCCCAAGACCUGGGACUACAGCUGGUCCUAUGCGUACACGAAAACCAUCAUCGAGUUCAAAUACAAGCGGCGGAACAUCGAGAAGAGCCUGAUGAUCAGCCAGCAGAUGCUGGAGCUGGGUCUCCCCGACCAGAUGUGGGACAUGUACCUGACCUCCACCCCCCCGGAGCUGCCCGUUAACGGCCAAAAGCCCCCAACGGGGUCCCCCUACGAGCUGGAAACGGACAGUGGAGCAGAGCAGCAAGAAAUGCGUGCCUUCAACUUCUCCUCCACCAAAAAGUCCAUGGCGGCCUAA